AUGAAUUCACACAUCUUCCAUUUCCCAUCUCCAUCUUCCGUGUGUGUGUGUGUAUGUACCCCUUCUGCAGCUGCAAUUGUUUGUGCAUGCAACAAAAUUUUUUUUUUGGUCCGUAUGAUGUGUCCUCUUCUCCUUCGUUUUAGUUGUUAUUCCGUUCAACUCCAGUUUUGCUAUCUCUGCUCCCUCCCUCUCUUUUUCUUUCUUUUUCCCCUUCUUUUUUAUUCAUUAAUUUUUUCUUUUGUUUUUACCGCAGGGUGCUGGACAUCCACUACACACUUGAGGCCGUAG